AUGUCUCGUACUCCCGGACUCUCAAUGCCCCUGAGCCAGUCACAGCUCGUGGAUUUCCUCUCCAGUUUGAUAAGCCACGAGACCCUCAAACGCAACCCUCGGCUUCGACAGCCACACGAACCAUCACAACACACCAGACCAUCAACUUCCACCAUUCAGCCCCCAGAGCGGCCGGGCAAUCCCUCCUCCUCUGUUCCUGUUACAGACCUGACCGCAUCCGCUGUCAACGACAAUCCACGCUCGACCGGCGCCUUUGAGCGAGGAGGGAGUGUACAAUUGGCCACGUCGCCCGACACGUACGAGCUCGCCGACUACAAAGAGAUUGCGGAGCGCAGCAUCAUCGAGGACCGUCAACACCAACGAGAAGAUAAAAGGGCACUGAAACGGCAGUGGCUGGAGACACAAGACGAGAUGAAGUUCUCCCACAGCAUCCAGUUCAAUGCUGUUCCUGAUUGGAGCAGCCAUUACAUUGCCUAUAGCAAUCUAAAGAAGCUGAUAUACCAACUCGAGAAGAAUGCGCACCAAGCGAGAGCCGGCGAUGCUGAGUCGCGACCCCUGAUAUCGAAUGAGGAGCCGGAAGACGUCUUCAGCAAAUCACUCGGCAUAGAGCUGGAGAAAAUAUGCUCCUUUUAUUCUCUCAAGGAGGGAGAGUUGCUCGAGGAAGUCAGCCAGCUUCUACAUGAUGUAGGGGAGGGCCCAUCCCUCGAAACAUCCACCACACUGCGCCCGACACAAUCCGAAACCCAAAGCACUCACGCUCGGCCUUCUAGCCUCCGCAGCCAUGGCUCAGAGGACGAUGACAGCGCAACCGAUGAUGACGAAACCACCGGCCUCACCAGACACAAGGGCAAGUAUGGUAGGAGACGCACCGCGGGAAGCAUCCCGGACAUGACUGCAUCUUCAGAGUUUGGUCGGUCCAGAAGGUAUAGCACAACCAUCGAUGACUACGGAGACCAGUCGUUCAUCUUCGGCUCGACAUUGUACUCGUCCGGUAUCAUGUUAAAGAAGCGCAUCAUAUCUCUCUAUGUUCAGCUUUGCGAACUCAAGUCCUACGUACAGCUUAACAAGACGGGCUUCAGCAAGGUCCUCAAGAAGUUUGACAAAAUUCUUGACAAAGAGCUACGGUCAUCCUACAUCAGCACCUAUGUCGAUACCGCAUAUCCCUUCAAGCCCGAUACCAAGAAGCUGCUCGACGAAAACAUUGCCAAGAUGGAGGUUGCCUACGCCGACGUGGUCCUCGGUGGUGACGAGGAGCUUGCCAAGAAGGACUUGCGUUCCCAUCUCCGUGAGCACGUUGUCUGGGAACGCAACACUGUUUGGAGAGAUCUUAUCGGUAUUGAGCGAAGAGCUGAGGCAGCUCGGUUUGGACAAACACUGCUAGGACAAGAAUCUGGUAUCACACCGAAGAGACUACAGGGCGACGACGAGGCUGGACCUGCAGAAACGCAAAUCACAACGCCCAUUGGCAGAAUCAUUCUGCCAUCAUGGCUUUCCAACAGCUCUGUGCUCACCCUGUUCAUCUCCGUGGCGGCUUUCCUCCUGCUCUUGUUCAUUCCCAUUCUGGAAAACGCUGAGCAACAGAACUGCCUGGCACUUCUCGUUUUCGUCAGUUUGAUGUGGGCUACCGAGACGAUUCCUCUCUUCGUUACGUCCCUUUUUAUCCCUUUCUUAGCUGUCGUUCUCAGGGUGGUUCGCGAGGAGGAUCCGAGCAAGCCCCCGAAGCGCCUGACUUCAAAGGAAGCCACCGCGGCCAUCUUCUCUUCCAUGUGGUCGCCCGUUAUUAUGCUCUUGAUUGGCGGCUUCACUCUCGCUGCCGCUCUAUCCAAGUGCAAAAUCGACAAGCGUCUUGCAACGCUGAUCUUGAGCAAGGCUGGCACUCAGCCCAGAACUGUGCUAAUUGCAAACAUGUUUGUUGCUGCCUUUGCGUCCAUGCUCAUCAGCAACGUUGCUGCCCCCGUACUUUGCUUCUCUAUCAUUGAGCCCAUGCUGCGGACUCUGCCAUCGGAUUCAAACAUGUCCAAGGCCGUCAUCAUUGGCAUUGCCCUUGCUUCAAACAUUGGCGGUAUGCUGUCGCCAAUUGCGUCGCCACAAAACGUCGUAGCCAUGGGAAUCAUGUCUCCAGAACCGACUUGGCUUCAGUGGUUCUUCAUUGUCAUCCCCGUCGGCGUGGUCUCAAUCGUCCUGAUUUGGCUACUUCUGCUGGUUACAUUCCAACCCGGCAAGGGGACGUCCAUUGCACCCAUCCGUCCUCUCAAGGAGAAAUUUAGCGCUGGGCAGUGGUUUGUCACCAUCGUUACUAUCAUCACCAUCGUCCUGUGGUGCACAAGCCAUACCCUCGAGUCUGUAUUUGGAGACAUGGGAGUUGUGGCCAUUAUUCCUAUUGUUCUCUUCUUUGGCAUCGGCAUCUUGACCAAGGAAGAUUUCAACAACUUUCCCUGGACCAUCAUCAUCUUGGCCGCUGGCGGAUUGUCACUCGGCAAAGCUGUUCGAUCUUCCGGUCUGCUCCAUACCCUUGCUGAGCUCGUCUCACACAGGGUUGAGGGUAUGAGUUUGUACGGUGUUCUCGUCGUCUUUUCAUCCCUGAUUCUUGUCAUUGCCACCUUCAUCAGCCACACAGUAGCCGCUCUCAUCUUCCUUCCUCUGGUGUACGAUGUCGGCGUGGCUAUGGACCAGCCGCACCCUAACCUCCUUGUUAUGGGCGGUGUCCUGAUGUGCAGCGCCGCGAUGGGUCUGCCUACCAGUGGUUUCCCCAACAUGACCGCAAUUAUGAAGGAAGACGCUACCGGCCAGCGCUACUUGAGCGUGAAGCACUUCAUCAGCAGAGGUGUGCCAAGCAGUUUGAUUACCUUGGUGGUUGUCGUGACGCUCGGAUACGGCAUUAUGGAAGUUGCUGGCUUGGACUAG